AUGAGCGGCGAGGGAGGCAGAGAAAACAGCUCUCGAACAGCUCCUGAACCGGCACCACCACCACCACCGGAAAUGGCUGCCCAGCCGCCACCGACAGGAAAUCUCAUUGACUUUGGCGAUGACCAAGAAGAUGUGACGGAUGGUGGUGAUCCUCUUCCACCACCCGAACAGAGCAGAGGCAACCGGCAAUCGUCUGUGAUAGCAACUAAGGUACAACCACCACCACCAACUGAUACAACAACUGAUGCCACACCUACAGCAGUAGUUUGCAGUUCUUCCAGUACAAAUAUUACUUCUUCAACUUCCACCGCCACCACCUCGAUUACCACUUCAACUGUGAACCUACCCGAAAACGUCAAGCUCGACUUUGAGCAGAAUCUGCAGGACGCAGUCACCAUACUGCCGCGCCUCUCCACCGGCCUCGACGUCAAUGUCAAGUUUUCAGGAGUGGCCGAGUUUGAGUACACCCGGGAGUGCAUCAUCUUUGACCUGCUGCGCAUUCCACUCUACCACGGCUGGCUGGUCGACCCGGCGGAGACGGAGGUGAUGCGCGUGGUCGGCUCUCUGAGCUACAACCAACUGGUGGACCGCAUUAUCACCUACAAGGGCGUGUUCCUCGCGGAGGAGUUUCUGCACGCCUCGGCGAGUCAGCUGACGCACUACGGCCUCGCCCAGCUGAUUGCCCGCGUCAAGGAGGACGAGCUGUGCGUGCUCUUUCGCAACAACCACUUUAUCACCCUGUACAAGUACAAGGGCAAGCUGUACCAGCUGGCCACCGACCAGGGCUUCCUCACCGAGUCGAACGUCGUCUGGGAGUCGCUGAACAACAUCGAGGGGGACACCUACUUUGUGGACGGCGAGUUUCACCCGGUGCCGCCGAAGCCGGCGCUGCCGCUCACUGCUAGCGGCGAAGUGGCGCCUUUCAUUGCCAACACCCAGCAGCAGAUUGAUCAGGAGUGA